AUGUCGUCUCCGAAUUCACCUUGCGCGGCGUGCAAGUCUCUACGGAGGAAGUGCACGCGGGAGUGCGUGUUCGCGCCGUAUUUUCCACCAGACAACCCGCAACGGUUCGAGUGCGUGCACCGAGUGUUCGGGGCGAGCAACGUUACAAAACUGCUGAAAGAACUAAGCGCCACGCAGCGAGACGACGCCGUUAAGUCUCUGGCGUACGAGGCAGAGGCGCGUAUAAGGGACCCCGUGUACGGGUGCGUGGGCUUCAUCUCAGUGCUACAACACCGUCUCCGUCAAAUCCAAACGGAUCUGUACAACGCCAAGAAGGAAUUAGCCAGCUACAUUAGCCCCCAGGCAAUGCAAGUUCUCUUGGCCAAUCCUGGAAUGUUAUCAUCCUCUGGUGUUCUCAUGCCGCAUUUGCAUCAAUCUGUUUUCAACAAUUUUGGGGAUAACAACGUGCCGCAACCCGUUUUGGUUGGUCAUGGCGGUGGCCAGUUAAUGAUUCGUGACUCUCAGCAACAGGAGUUUCUACAAGCUCAGCAGUUAGCUGCAGAUAGAGAGCAACAGCAUCAGCAUCCGUAUCAGCAACAGGUUUUGCUUCGGAACUAUGAGCAGCAAGAAGAGUUUAUGAAGUUUAAUAAUGGGUUGGAGCAUGUGGGUGUGUUCGGGAACCAGAUGGGCGGGACUGGAGGUGAGUUGUCUCCUUCUUUGGCUCUUGGAACCUUCGAGAAUGUUGCUCCUUAUCAGAUGCAACAGCAGCAACAAGGGGAACACCAUGUUCCUCAUUCUCACCUCCAUCCAAUUGAGGCGCAGCUUCUUCUCUCACCGCAGCACCAACAUACACAGCAAUCACAGCUACACUCUGAAAUAACUGAGGAUACUAGGAGUAUUGGUCCCUCUUGA